CCAGUGUUAGACCGCAAGAAGAGUUCUGUUGCAAAAAUCAGAGCAAAGUAGGACGAACGACAUUGAAAGUGAAAGUCGGUCGUAAUAUCGGUUGUAGAUGGAGAAGGAUGGUACACGACCUGUUUUUAAAUAGAUUAUGAGGUCGAUCCUACAUUCUCGCAUAUUCUCGUGUACGAAUAAAGAAUGCGGGAGCAGAGCCGAAUUAAUUAUAGAAAUUACAACAGCCGGAAAAAGUUCUAUAUACGCAUUUCAAUUAAAAAGGGACUCUAUUGUGAGUUGAAGUACUUUUGAGUCACUUUCAAUGUAAUAAUUGUCUAAAGAUAUUUUGCUUUCAAUCAGAAUUAAUUGAAGCUACUACGUUUCAUUUGCGAUUUCAAUUAAUUCGUUAGAUUUUAUUUUACUAAAAUAUGUUUAUAGAUAAAAAUAUUUUGCUUAUGUUGCUUUGUUAUUUGACAUUCAAACUCACGACGCGUUUUAAGAUUAUUGUACUGCAUAAACGUAUUUAUGUUCCAGGCUGAGUAUUUAUUUAAAAAGAAUCCCGAGGGAAAAAUGUUCGAGCCGGAUUAUACGGAAACAAUGAGUAUGCUUUUGGAUGCUAUCAGCCGGCAACAAAACGAUGUCCUUCCGACGGAGAAAUUGAAGGCUGAUGUAGCUCACUUCCUAAAGAAUGAAUGUACCACAAAAGAAACAGAAGAAAGCAAAAUGCAAGAUAUAGGUGAAAAGAUGAAGAUAAUAGAGUAUGAAGGAAUUGAUAAUUCUGAAAAGGAAGAAUUUAAUUUCGCUGGACGAAUGACCGAUGAAUCCGAAAAUGAAGCUUAAUAAAUUUGUUCUUGAAAUAGACAAGUGAUAAUAAAUUUUUUAAUACAUUUUUUAAAUAAAUAUUCAAUCUAGAUGUGUGACAAAAUCUAGCCUAAAUUAAAGACAAAAAUGCAAUUAUAUCUUAAACUUUCAUGAUAUUUUAGUAAUUGAUCUCAUGCUUAU